GGCGGGGGGGGACACGGCGGCGCUCGCGGGGUUGCCGGGGCCGGGACGGCGGGGCGGCCGCUCCCGGCUGCCAUUUCAUCGCGCCGCCGCUCGGUCCCUCCAUUUUCUCUCCGGCAGCCGGCGGUGCCGACCCGGUCCCCGCCGCCGUCCCGCGCCCGCCGCCUCCGCGCCCGCCGCCCCCCCUCCAUGUAGCCCCGCGGCAGCUCCCCCCGCACACGCCCAGCCGCGGGGCCGCCUCCCGGCAUGAGGAGCUGCAAGAUGGUGCGUGUGGCCAGCGUGCUGGGGCUGGUGAUGCUCAGCAUCGCGCUGCUCAUCCUCUCCCUCAUCAGCUACGUCUCGCUCAAGAAGGACAACAUCUUCGGCGCGCCCCGCGCCGCCGGCCCGGGGGGGCCCCGCAUGUACAUGUUCCACGCGGGAUUCAGGUCGCAGUUCGCGCUGAAGUUCCUGGACCCCUCCUUCGUCCCCAUCACCAACUCCCUGAGCCAGGAGCUGCAGGAGAAGCCCUCCAGGUGGGCCUUCAACCGGACGGCGUUCGCACACCAGAGGCAAGAAAUCCUUCAGCAUGUCGACGUAAUAAAAAAUUUUUCUUUGACCAAGAAUAGUGUUCGGAUCGGACAGCUGAUGCAUUACGAUUAUUCCAGCCACAAGUAUGUUUUCUCUAUUAGCAAUAACUUCAGGUCGCUGCUUCCCGACGUGUCGCCGAUCCUCAACAAGCAUUACAACAUUUGCGCCGUGGUUGGAAAUAGUGGGAUCCUGACCGGGAGUCAGUGCGGGCAAGAGAUAGAUAAAUCCGAUUUUGUUUUUCGCUGCAAUUUUGCUCCAACUGAGGCUUUCCAGAAAGAUGUUGGAAGGAAAACCAACCUUACAACCUUCAACCCCAGCAUCCUGGAAAAGUAUUACAACAAUCUUUUGACCAUUCAGGAUCGCAACAACUUCUUUUUAAGUUUGAAAAAGCUUGAUGGGGCCAUUCUUUGGAUCCCCGCUUUUUUCUUCCACACGUCAGCAACAGUCACGAGAACACUGGUUGACUUCUUUGUUGAGCAUAGAGGGCAACUAAAGGUCCAGUUGGCUUGGCCAGGAAAUAUAAUGCAGCAUGUUAACAGGUACUGGAAGAACAAGCACUUGUCACCCAAGCGGCUGAGCACAGGUAUUCUCAUGUACACCCUCGCUUCUGCCAUUUGCGAGGAGAUCCACUUGUACGGAUUCUGGCCCUUUGGGUUCGACCCCAACACGCGGGAGGACCUCCCGUACCACUACUAUGAUAAGAAGGGAACCAAGUUCACGACCAAGUGGCAGGAGUCCCACCAGCUGCCUGCAGAGUUCCAGCUGCUCUACAGGAUGCACGGUGAAGGACUGGCCAAACUCACCUUGUCGCAUUGUGCCUAAGAACCUAAAUCUUGAAGUGCCAAAUGAUUGUCUAAAAAGUGCCCAAAACCGAAUUAAACAUUCUUCAGAUAUAAUUCUCAAAAAAUAAAAAUAAAAAAAAACAACCCACCCUAAAAUAUUUUCCAUAAUAUAAAGAUCCUUUUUAGUCACCCUUGUCACUGCUCACGGAAGGGUUUAAGCAUAUUUAGCAGUGCAGAAGCAUUUAUCAAAUUCUGUGGAUGCUAUUCAUGCAGCAGCAAAGUUGAAAUAUUUUGCAUUUAUAGAUACGCUACUAAGUAUGUUUUAAGAUAUUUUCAUAUUUUAGCAUUCCACAAAAUGCCCUUAAUCUCUUAAUUUUAUUAUCCCUUCCCUAUUAGAUUUAGAAAUGCCAAUUUUAAAAGGUUUUGCUCCUCUUGUAUAUGUUGCUAUCAGUAGCUCAGCAUACAUACAUUGCUGUGGCCGAUUGAGAAAGCCACUCUGAAUUCCCGUUCAUCGUCCCUUGCAAGUUCUUCAGUGUGGAUCCUGAUUUCCACCGCUUGCAUAUUUUCGUAUUUACUGAAUUUUACAUUUUUUAAAGAAUAACGUAAACAAGAUGAUCACAAUAUGGCUCGUACCUAGGCGUUUAUAUUGCUCUCAGAAUGCUUCAGCGUUUUAAUUCAGUUUGGGCCAAAUCCUAGUCCAAAUCAGCCAGGCGGAAACAUGGUCAUUCCCACCCGUGUGAUACUAUUUGGUCUUUUGAUUUUAAAGUUAAACCACCACGAUAAAUGGAAUGGCGUUUCUCUGGAGGUGUGUUGGGUGAGAAGAACCCCAAGCCCCGGCGCAGGCACACCUCCCUCUGCGCCUGCUCUCCACACCCCUGACGACGGGGGGUCCUUCGAGAGGACGAUCCCCCUGAGCAGGGAGCACGGGGGCUCCGGCCCAUCCCUUUGCACCCACAGAUCCCUGUUCCCCUCUCCCGGUGUGCAUGGCCCCGCCACGGUGGUACCUGGUGUUUCGCCGUGCGGAGCUGCAAGAGCAGGUACCCUCUGCGUUUCGGUGCGUCCCACCCAAAAUGCCAUCCGUCCCGUGGGGGCGAUGGGUGCCCAGCGAUGCCAAGUCUCUAAGGAGCAGUAAUAGCCUUCAUUAGCCCAGUUAACGGCGACAGGGUAGACGGGCCGGCCAGCCCCUCAGGUCAGCGAGGCUCGGGUUGUCCCCCGCCGUGGCCAGGGUGGUCCCCCCGAGGGGCAGGGUGCCCAGCCUGCCCUGCGCCCGGCCCUGGCUCAGCAGGCAUGGCUAGCUGGGCAGGGACCCACUGGCCCAGCAGCCACGCCAGCCAGGCGCCAGGAUUUUUAAAAAUGUUUUUUAAAGGGAAAUGAGCAUGGCAGGAGCGCAGGGAAGAGGAAAUGCAGUUAUCAGAUCUACCCCAUUUACAUCUCUAAAUCCACGGUCAGACAACUAAGUUAGUGCCCCCGUUUUCCGGUCGCCGACAGCCAUCCCAGGCAGUCGCAGGAAGACACGGGUGCCUCGGUACCGCUGAAAAUCAGGCUGUUUGUAGAGGGGACGAACCUUAGGGUCACUUACGGUUUGAAAAUGUUGGCCAUUAUGACUCAGGAUAAAGGAGCCUGUAAAAUAACUGGGUUUCUUAUUACAGUAAGUACGCUUACAAGUAUUUUAACAUUUUUCUACUAUUCUGUAUGACACUGAGAACUGACUACGCACUGAAAGAAGAUGCAAAAUCCAAUUUAAAAUCAUACUUUAAAAUGGCACAUUUUAAUUUUUCUCAGCCUCUUUGCCUACAAGCAGAUGUAGGAGGUGAGGAAGGAGAUCUCGAGUACAACACCAAACCUGAGCGGCCCGGAGCAUCUCCUGGUGCCCGCUACCGCGGCUCCGCCAAAGCCGUGCCAUCCCUCUCCCCGCGCCCCGGCUGGAGGAGGAGCUGGCAGCUCUCUUCCCCAUUUUAAUUAUCCCACAUUUUCUGGCUUUUGCUUUUUCAAAGGCUGUUUGGGGCUGGGGCGCGCUGUGGAGGGUCUCCCCAGUGCCACAGCGUGCACAGACCCACUCCCGCAGGGAACUGCAGCGCUUCCCUCCCUGUGCCAAGCCUGGCUCAGCGUUCCCGGGCUCCGGCUCUCCGUGCUGUCGUAUCGGUCCUGCGCUCAUCACCGCUCCCACAGCAGAGUACGACCUCUCGCAACUGUUAUUAUGAAGACAUAGUUGUGCAGUGAUGGUGGUGUCUUAUGCCAUAUGGUGCCAUAUGAGUCGUUCUUGAUAUUAUCACGUGUUCUUUGUGUCGUGGUCACGCGCGAGGGCCCGGGCCAGGCAGCAGCUGGGCUGUGCUGGGCGCAGACCCCCCGCAUGGUGCGAGGACAGGCAUCCCCAGGGAAGGACCGAGCCCCGCCGGCCCCUGUGGGCCCUCUUGGCGAGGGUCUGCGGGAUCGCCAGGCGCCGGGACGGCGUGUCAGAGCGGGGAGCUGUGUGGCCGGGAGCAGCCGGGCAGCACCAGCCCUGACUGAGUCCCGCGGGAACCCUUCUCCAAGCGCUGGAGUACGCGGGCUGCUUUUGCCCAAAAACCAAACAGAGGAAUUGCACAGGGAAGGAAGAGUUCUGCACUGGUUGACAAUGAAGUACCGCAAUUAAUCAUUUCUGGUAUCGUUUCCUGCUGAGCUGUAGGGUGGACGCAUGUUGGCCAAGGCGGGCGGAUGGCUCUGCACGUCGCCAGGGCGCGGGGUGAAGCUGUGGCCAGUGGCCAGCUCAGCAAAGAGUCCACUGGGGGAGAAGGGUCGCCCCGAACCCCGAGUGAUGCCUGUUGGCUUGUGGUUAAUGCCAGGUAUUUUAAUUAAGAGGCACUUUAUCAAUUGCAUGUAGGGAGUGACCAUUUUUAAUCAGCAGAUUAAGGAAAUGUGAACUAUUAUCAUUAUAUUGGCAUGAAAGUGGAGGCCAGCGUGCUCUGUACAGUUUUUGGCUGCUGGCUCCCACUGGGAAAUUGCACUGGCAGAUCCUGCUUGGCUGCUGCACAGCGUCUACGUGACAUAACUACUUUAAAUUAGAUGUAGUCGCGAGUAAACACUCAUUAUCCUAAACAAAUGUAUUUCCAUCUGCGCACUUUGUGCCCUUUCUGCAGUGGGGAUGCUCAGCCUGGGGCGAGGUGGUUCAUCACACAUCUCCCCCUGCAGCUCCUCCCUGAUGGCAUCGGGACCGCUGCAGGGCACCGGGAACAGAGGAACCUGCCGUGUAUCCGUGUAACUGGGAUGGCAACAUCUCCAGGGUCAAACUGGCCGUGGGUGCACUGUGAGCUGCCGGGAAGCCACAGGGGAUGGGCCACCUGCCGUGAGCCAGCCCUGUCCCCAGCGUCCCCAGCGAGGGCUGGUGGCAGAAGCGGGUUUCCCCGUGCUGAAGGCGUGUGUGGUGGCUGCACCUGCGCGGCAAAGCUUGUGUGGGGCUGGUUCGGGCAGAGCUGCAGCCUCCUGCCUCCCCCAGAGCCCCUGCACGCUCGAGGCCUCGGCCGGUUGAUCCUGAGAAGGGCAAAUCUUCUCUCCCCUCAAGCUACUGCUUUAGAGCACCCAGGAGAGAAAAUAAAAUAUAAAAAUUACAGGCUGAAACCAAAACCCUAAGUUGCCCCGGGGUAGUUUUUUAAUUUUUCAUCAUUUAUAUUAAAAAAUUUGAAUUGCCUUCCCAGUCACAAUAAACCUGGGGAAGAUGCCCGCGGUCGGGAUUUCUGUUCUCCCCACAACUCGCAGCCCCAGCCUGUUCCCCACGGCUGUGCUCGGGGGGGGUCUGGGGCGCCCCACUGCACCCCCAGAUUGUGGAGAGGAUGGUGACAGAAAGGGGGUUUAAUGCACGGUACCUUAAUUUGAUCCUGCUUAAUGUCAUCAAAGGGAGUGUCUCUCUCAGGCUCGUCCCGUUUGCGGCGAGGUCCCGGGAUGACCAAAGGCAGCAGACCCCGCUGCGGGGGGUGUGGGGGAACACCGGUGCUCUGCAGCCCCCUCCCGCCCCUGGAAAGGGACGGGACCCCCCCCCUCAAUCCCGGGGAUGGCGCUGGCAGCGCAGCUGGAACUUUCCAGAGGCACAAAGAGGCACUGAGCGCAGAGAAGGAAGCACGAAAACGACUGCAAAUAUUCGGAAAUGGGAAUACAGAAAAAUUAUUGACAGAGCGCCAUAUUAUAUCAUUGAUUUUUAAGCAAAACUCCCCAUCGAUUUUUCAGAACCACAUUGAACAUUUCAGAAUCAUUGAUUUUAAUGGGGAGUUCUGCCCCAAAAUCAAUGGCGCAAUACAGCCCAAAGUAAAUUGCUUCUUAGUAUCAAUAUUUUUUGUCUGAGCUCUGGCAAUGUGGAAAAUCAUCUUAAAAUGUGCAUCUUUUGUUUUUGCCUGUUUUCCUAGAUGCUCUUUGAAUUCUGCUUUUAUAGAGAGACGGGAGGGGAAGGGCAGCUUGUGCCGGCCGGUGGGACCAGCAGUGGCCCAGGGUGGGCUCGGACCCCCCGAUGCCUCGCGCUCAGACUGGGCUCUUUCCCAAACCCCCAUUUUCAGGCUGGUUUUUCUGGUGGGACCUCGCGUUUGGGGCACUGUGCGUCCUAGAGCGGCAAUGUGGGGGUGACCCCCCGGUGUUUGCGCUGACAGCUCUGGGCUCGGCGCCCUUUUCUCUCUGCGCCGGGCGUACGGCCCAGGUAAUUCUGGUUUUGUAGAAAAUCAGGUGUCCCAAGCUGGUCCCCGCUAUGGAAUGUGGGUCCGUGAGGCAGGGAGGUGCCGGCUGCCGCCCUCCCUGCCAGGACGGGACAGGACCUGCAUUGGGUACCGCCUUGGCCGGACUCUUCCUUCCCGUCUCUUUGGCCCAAAAUCUUCCUGCCUCUCUCUACCUGAACAAAUUCCUGACGGUUGAGGGACAACGCUCGCUGUCAUUACUGAACGUCUAGGCAAGCGAAUACAGCUAAAUGAGCGUAUGCGUAAUGCGACGUGAUCAAUAUUUGUGAGUACGGAACAUUUGAGUUUUCAAAGCCAGGAGAGGCCCUUCUGACCAGCGCCAGGGGAAGAGUCCGGCGGGACACAGAGCCCACUCGCCCCCAGGCUGCCAGGACAGUGUCCCGCACGCUGUGGCCACUGGGGGCGAGCGGUGGCCGCAUCCUGCUCCAUCCCCUCUGCCGAGGGGCCGUGGGGUCCGGGGGAGUCGGGGACGGGCACUGUGCAGGGGUGGUCUGGCCGCCGGGCAGGGGGUGUGAAGAGGGGGUGUACAUAAGGGUGGAAAUACGUGUGUGACCUUCUCUUCUUUUACACAUCUUGGGUUUGUAUUUGCGUUGCUUGCAUCUUUGCAGUGAAUGGUAGCAAGAUACAUUAAAACGAAGUCAUUUUGGCUACCGGUUUUAAUUGUGGAGUAUACCAAAAAGCAAGCGUUUGUGAAAUAUAACUAACUGUGAAUGGAGGUUGCAAAAACAGGUUGUUUAGAAAAAAGCAGGUUUUCUGUAAAUGAAUGUGUCUUUAUUCUAAUGGCUAUACAGUUCAAUGCCUGAUGGAGUUGUUUUCAAUAAAAAGAAGAUAAAUAUUUUAAAAAAAGAAAAAAAAAUGCCAUAAUUGUAAUAAAGGAUUCAUUAUUUGACGGCCAUACUAAAAGCAUUAUUUAUUUUUCAAUGGCUAACGUUCACAAAGGGCCAGGGCACAGUCUCAGGUGAAGGGCAGAGCCGCACACGGUGUGAAAUCCGUUGCCAGCCAAGCUGGUGUCCAAGCCUGGCUCCCCGGGAGAGCCUCUGCGGCAUCGGCAGGACCGGGACCGGGCACGCAGGCGGGCGCCUCCCCUGCCAGCCGCGGCCACGCCGCACGUCGUGCCCCCGGGCACGCUGGCCAGCGAGGCCCUGGCUCUUCUCCUGGCCGAGUACCGCAUCCUCGUCCUCAGCAUCGCUUGUGGAGAACAACGCGGCGAUUCCUUUGGGAUCUCUCAGCAAUGUGGUUCUUUGGUGUGAAUGUGCCUGCAACAUUGACUCGUGCCAAAACACAAUAUUGAAUGCGUUGUUUUUAAAUAAAAUGUUUUAUUGUGCAUUGAAA